UUAUAAUCUGAACUGAUGCUUUUGAUGUCUCAUUCUCUGCCAGAGAAAGGAGAAGUUGUCAGUGCUCAUUAUAAACUAGUCCCUGCAGAUUUGCGUUAUGUACAACAAUUAAAUGAUAUUAUAUCUGUUGCUGGUAUGGAUCCAAGUCUGCCAACUUUUAUAAUUUCAGAAUGUGUUCUGAUCUACUUGGAUCCAGAUUCAAGUCGUGCAGUUGUUGGUUGGGCUUCGCAAACAUUUACUACAGCAGUAUUUUUUCUUUAUGAGCAGAUCCUCCCAGAUGAUGCUUUUGGGCAGCAGAUGAUGAGAAAUUUGGAGUCUCGAGGUUGUGCUCUAUUGGGCAUUUAUGCUACACCAACUUUACAUGCAAAGGAAAAAUUAUUUCUGGACCAAGGAUGGCAGAAAUCUGUUGCAUGGGACAUGCUGAGAGUUUAUAACGAUUUUAUUGAUGCUCAAGAAAGACGCAGGAUUGAACGGCUGGAAUUGUUUGAUGAAUUUGAAGAGUGGUACAUGAUGCAGGAGCAUUACUGUGUGGCUUAUGCAAUCAAUGAUGGCAUGGUAUGUUCUUAAUCAUUCUUGUUAUGUCCUAUGUAUCAAAUUGGUAAUCGUAUCUUAAUAUGAAUAUGAUAUAACAAAUUGUUUAAAUCAAUCCACAAAUUAAUUGACAUGUGGCUUUGUAAUGUCGAGGUCUAAUUAUUUAGGGUAGCAUUUUCUAGCUAGCUUUGAAUCUGAUGUUGAGAUGAAGGGAUCAAUGUGGAUGGGAGCUAACAUGAUUGAGCUUAAUUGUAAUUUUUGCCCCUCAUGUUGUACGAUUUUACCAUUUUGUCAUCUAACUUUAAAAUGCAUAUUUUGUCACUUAAUUU